UGUGAAGUUGUGGUGAUUUCACAGAUCCAUUCGUUUGCGUUUUCAUUGUAGAAUUUUGCAAAAUUGCUUGAUUCACUGUUCUGUUGUAAGAAAGUAUUAAUUUAUUAUAAUGGUUGCCCGAGUAGCCGGCGUGUUUGAUGAGAAAUUGACAGAGGCAAUCGCCAACUCCAAAAUCCUGGUAGUUGGCGCCGGCGGUAUAGGUUGUGAAAUUCUGAAGAAUCUCGUGCUUACCGGCUUUCCACAAAUAGAAAUUAUUGAUCUCGACACAAUUGAUGUGAGCAACUUGAACCGUCAAUUCCUAUUCCACAAAGAGCAUGUGGGCAAAUCCAAGGCACAAGUGGCCAAAGACAGCGCCCUCACCUUCAACCCUAAUGUUAACAUUGUGGCACACCAUGACAGUGUAAUAAGCAAUGAUUAUGGAGUGAGCUACUUCAAACAGUUCAACCUUGUAAUGAACGCUCUGGACAACCGUGUGGCGCGUAACCAUGUGAACAGAAUGUGUCUUGCUGCUAAUGUGCCGCUCAUCGAGACUGGCACUGCUGGAUACGCUGGGCAGGUGGAGCUCAUCAAAAAAGGCCUCACCCAAUGCUACGAAUGCCAACCAAAAGCACCACAAAAGACUUUCCCUGGCUGCACCAUCCGUAACACUCCGUCUGAGCCCAUCCACUGCAUCGUAUGGGCCAAGCAUCUCUUCAACCAACUCUUUGGUGAGGAAGACCCUGACCAAGAUGUCAGCCCUGACACCGCAGACCCUGAAGCAGCGGGCGAAGCAGGAGCUUCAGCUUUAUCAUCGGAAGGCACAUCAGCCGGAAACGUUGAACGAAAAAGCACAAGACAGUGGGCGGCAGACACAAACUAUGAUCCUGAGAAGCUGUUUUCAAAGCUGUUUGGAGAUGAUAUCCGUUAUUUGCUGUCAAUGGAGAAUCUGUGGAAGAAACGGCGGCCUCCCACGCCUUUGACAUGGGACAAUUUGCCAGGAAAGGAUGCGCCGCAAGCACAACAUUCUGGGCUACCUGACCAGAGGGUGUGGACUGUACAUGAGUGUGCACAGGUGUUUGCAGCCAGCUGCAAGGCUCUCCAAGCAGACCUGAAGGGAAGGCCAGACGGCGACCACCUGGUGUGGGACAAGGACGAGAAAAGCGCCAUGGACUUCGUGACGGCGUGCGCGAACAUUCGCGCGCACAUCUUCAACAUCCCGCAGAAGUCUCGCUUUGAAAUCAAAUCGAUGGCCGGCAACAUAAUCCCAGCCAUUGCGACCGCCAACGCGAUCGUGGCAGGUCUGGCGGUGCUUCGAGCACAGGCGGUGCUACGCGGCGAGCUGGCGCGCUGCGGCAGCGUGUACCUGCGGCCCAAGGUCAACCACCGCGGACAGCUGUUCGUGCCGGAGAUCACUCUCACCCCACCAAACCCAAAAUGCUACGUCUGCGCCCCCAAACCCGAAGUGGGUCUCGCUUGCAAUCUCAAACAGCUGACACUCAAAGAUCUGACCGCCGCGUUCAAAGAAGGCCUCAACAUGCAGGCUCCCGACGCCACCGUCGAGGGCAAAGGGCUGGUAGUCCUAUCCUCAGAGCCCGGAGAAACCGACCACAACAACGACAAGACCUUAGAAGAGAUCGGCUUGAACGACGGCUGCGCGUUGCUCGUGGAUGACUUCCUUCAAAACUACGAAGUCCGAGUCAGACUUCAGCAGGAAGAUGAAGAGAAAUCCUGGCGUCUGGUGACUGACACUGACGCCCCCAUGCCGGCGCCUAAAGAGGAGGAAAAACCAGCGAACGGAUCCAACGGUUCCGAGCCGAAACCUGGUCCUUCCAGAACCAGGACUCGCGCUGACAGCGACAGCGACAUGGAAAUCAUCGAGGAGGAUGAAGAUGAGAACACCGUCAAGCCGCCUAAGCGCAGGCGCACAGAGAUGACCGACGAAGUCGUGGAGUUGUGCUAACGGUUUAUGUACAACGUAGUACGUUGCGUUUGGGGCACUUUAGUUUGGCAAUCCAUUUUAUAGGUUCAUGCAGCAGAUAGUUAUAUCAAAUAUUAAAUACCUAUACUUAUCUAAGUUAUCUAACUCAGUUUUGGUAAUAGCAAUGCUGUACCUGUUUAAUCCACUUGUUUCUAUGAUUAUAUCUAUUUUAAAUGUUUUGUAGUUAGUGUUAUUAGUAGUAGUAUGUUUGAAAAUAUAUCAAUUUAGACAAGACUAGUUGCUAAUACAGUAUUAUAAUAAUGUGUAUCUUCCUACUAGUUCUUCAUAAAUAUUUUGUAAAUUAAUAGCUAAUUUAUUUUUGAAUCUAUAAGGUGGGUUGAUGGAUAUGACGUGAAUUUUAAGAAUGAUUGUCUUUGAUAGCAAUAAGUGAAUAAGUUUAUAAAGAA